CCAAAGAGGAAAUAAAAGCAUAGGGAUACGGGGUUGGGCCAGCCCAUGAAGUUAAGGGUUUUUAAAAAUUUAAUUAAAUUGCGAAGAGUAGGGUUUCUCACAGCUUCAUUCGGGUCUUCUCCUCUUCACAAAUCUACUGCAAUGGAUACUCAAGUGAAGAAUGCUAAGGUUGAGACAAUUGUUGGGCGCACUGGUUCAAGAGGACAGGUCACUCAAGUUAGAGUCAGUUUUCUGGAUGACCCGAGCCGUCGCAUUAUGAGGAAUGUCAAAGGACCUGUCAGAGUGGGUGAUAUCCUCACUCUACUCGAGUCUGAAAGAGAAGCAAGGAGGUUGCGCUAGAGGAAUAUACUAAAGUUUCUGGUUCUGUAUUUAAUAAAUCAUUGGUUUUUGGGGGCAUCUUGUGUUGAUAGCCAAAAUGUUAUUAUGAAACACUUAUAUUGUGCACUUGUUAUGAUUUGGUCAGGCGUUGGGCAAACCUUUGAUUCGACUCCUUAUAAAUAAUGAAUUGCAUUUUUGUUUGUUAUAA